UGUCGAGGAGAGAGAAGCAGGACAGAAAAUACAACAAGUGACUGAACUGUUGCUCUGCAAAUGAACUGACUGUGCGCCGCAAUUUACGCACAUCUAAAGUCUGGAAAAGUGACCUAUCAACGCUCGUACGCACUUUUCUGUCCUUUUGAAGGACUGUAUAGAGUUUAAUUAAACAAUAUUAUUAGAUUUUUUUUUCUCUCGAUCUGCUUCGGAUAGUUUUGGAGCUUGGACUCGGGGUGCAGAACUCAUGGAUGAGAUGGUCAAAGUUUAAACGCUGUGGAGGAUUCUGGUUGAUUCGAGCUGAGUUGGGACCGAAGCGCAGCAACUUCGAACCGAUGCGCCGGUGAAGGCGCUCGGUUUUCCGGAGGAUUUCGGUCCGGGUUUGGAGCAGAAGUGGCGUCUUUCAUCGUGAACCCCGCAGAAUGAACACAGACUGAACUCCGGGGCUAAAACGCAGGCAGGAAAAGCAGAGUUUUGACAAGCGAGGCGCCUUUCCCUGAAUGUGGAGGGUGAGAUGAACUCCAGUGGGAAUUUUGAAGACCCCACCUGACAGCUCCUCCCUGUCUGAGAAACUGAAGGAUUUUUCACUGGAGCGUCCACAGCCACAGAGCAGGAAAAGAAUAAAAACCCCUUAAAUUUAACAUUUCGUCAGCUGUGAAUGUUUUGCAAUGUAUGAUGUGUUGUUUUAAAUUGGAUAAAAGUCACCAGACCAUGUGAACCAGAGAAAAGAGAGAAACAAAACGGAUGUACAAAUGGGGAAUCUGUCAUUCCCUCCCCUCUGAGUACUGACAUUCCUCUUCUCGUCUGUGACUCUUAGGAUCCUUGAAAAGACUGAAUUUCUUUCCCCUGUCAGAUAACAUCUGACAUUGUGUCUGACGCUUUCCCCUUUGAGUAGCUUUCUGACCCAAGGUCAGCCUGGCCGGCACAACCAUUCCAGCCAAAGGGGAGGAGGACUUCCUCACGCUGGCCGCCUCACGGCUCAGCCGCAAGAAACGAGUCAUUGGGGCUGGAGUCGGAGUGGCCAUGGUCCUGGUCCUGCUGGUGGCCAUUCCCCUAUUGGUCCACACCACAAAGGGGGCCGGGUCCGGAGGUGGUGGCACACACUAUGAGAUGCUGGGAAGCUGCAAGAUGGUGUGUGACACGUUGAGCCCCCCUCAGGGAGAGCUGACUGCUGUCUCCCCACAGCCUCCGGACUUCCCAAACCGGAGAGGCAAGCAGGGGUUCAGAGGAAGCCCCGGACUUCCUGGUCCUCCGGGGCCUAAAGGUCCACCUGGAGAGCCUGGUAAGCCUGGUCCGCCAGGCCCACCGGGUCCUGGUCCAGGUGGAUACGGCUCCUCCGUCUACACUCCUAAAAUCGCCUUCUACGCCGGUCUGCGGAAGCAACACGAGGGGAGCGAAAUACUGAAGUUUGAUGACGUGGUGACCAACGUGGGGAACUACUACGAGCCGAGCACAGGCAAGUUCACCUGUCCUCUGCCCGGCAUCUACUACUUCACCUACCACGUUCUGAUGAGAGGGGGAGAUGGGACGAGCAUGUGGGCUGACCUGAAGAAGAAUGGACAGGUGAGAGCCAGCGCUAUCGCCCAAGACGCAGAUCAGAACUACGACUACGCCUCAAACAGCGUCAUCCUGCACCUAGACGUGGGCGACGAAGUGUGUGUGCAGCUGGACGGGGGCAAAGUUCACGGUGGAAACACCAACAAAUACAGCACCUUCUCCGGCUUCCUCAUCUACCCCGACUGACAAUAUAAUCCCACCUCCUCCCCUUUUACCCUGUGAUCGAGCAAAAAGUUUCCUCCUACUUCUUCAUCUAACACAUCCUGCCAUCCAUUUAUCCUCUCUCCAUAUAAUGCAUAUAGUGACAUGACAACAGAGUUAAAGAAAGCUUGUGUAAAAAGAAUACAAUGUACAUAUAUCAGAUAAGAUUGACUCAUGAUGCACACACUUUUGUGUUGUUUAAUAAAAUGCCAUGUACAGUAUGCGUAAGCAUGGCUAAAAUAAAUCAUUUUCACCUUACUCCAAUCAUUUUGCUGUUUACACAUUAUUGAACUUCAGUUUUUGCUCAAAGACAAACCAACUGAAAUGAUCUCUGAAUGUAGACUGUCAAUCCGGGCAGAAGUAUUCGGCUGCAGCCUCUUGCCCUCACUGUGAGAUAGAUUUCCAUUACGACUGUGGACACCAAACAAGAAAAAGGCAUGAAUAUAUUGAUCGCAGCUGAUAAUUCAGCACACCUCUCGAUUAUAACGCUGUGUGUUGUAUGUCUGUGUUAAUGCCUGUGUGGAAGCAUACGAGUGCGUUUUUGCCUUUAGUUCUGUGGAAGUGUAAAAGCAUCCUGUUGUUGUUGGUGUAAUUUGCACAGAAAGGGGAAGGGGGGAGUGAAGCUGCUGGUAACAGGCCCGUAACACACACAGUUUAUCAAUACUGAGGUUUAGCUUUGAGAUUGAUUCCUGAGCCUCGGAGCAACAUCAUGUUGAGGUAACAAGCUGAGAUUUUAUCUGAAGCCCAUGCUCAGUUACACAUUAAGUUUACAUAUAUAGUAUGUCGUAUUUAUUGAAAAUUUAUUAAAACCUUUUUUUUUAAUGAGAUGAAAAAAGGUGGAUAAUUAUGAUGUCAUUUUUGAUACAAAUUUACUUUCUUCUCAACUUAACUUACUUAAUAUUUUUCCAUAUAUGCAGAUUUUAAUAUGUUGAAAAUCAACCGCCCAACUUCUCUCAUCAAAAGUUCGCAGUGUUCAUCUAAAGUGGCUUGCUUCCUUUCACACUUGACUUUUAAGCUUAGUCUAUACAUUUUCAGUAGGCUUGAGAGCAGCACUAUUCCUAAACUUUAAUGUUUGUAUACUUUAUUUAUUCCAAAAGCAGUUUGGUUUGGGAUGGUUGCCCUGCUGGAACACCCAAUUAUGUCCAAUUUUAGCCAUCCAGCUGGUAAUUUACCAUAAAGUUAAAUAAUUUGGGGGUUAUUCUUAAUUUUUUCAUCUACUUGGCGCAAUUAGCAGCAAAACAAACUUCAGUAUGACGAUACUAUGACCAUGUCUUCAGGUUUGAAAUUAUAACUCUGACUCUUUGAUACACACCUCUCACCAAACUGCUCGAUUUUUGUGUUGUCUGACCUCAAAGACUUUCUAAAGGGGGUAUUUGGCUUGUUUAUGUGGGCAGAUGCGAACUGUUGUCAAGUUUGAGCAUGUUGAUUUAAGGAAAGGUGGUUUUUGUGUUCCUGUGGACUGUCAAAGUCGUAAUUCAGCAUCAUCCAGUACAAAACAAGCUCCAGACUCGAUAGGUCUCAGUAUCGUUCCUGAACAUUCCAACCAAUUUCCUUUCUCGUGAAAAUUAAACACAAAUGGGUGUUUCAAUGGGACACUGAUAAGCUCUUCCAGUUUGCUAAAGGUUGUCCUUCUACAAGAUUAAAAAAAUAAAUACCGUGUAAAGGACGUAUUUUCGCCUACAUCCAACCCUUUGAGGCCUGGGAUAAACGGCAAAACAGACGGCAUGCCACAUGUGAAGUUUUUCAUUCAGCCAUGAAUCAUGCAAAACCACUUGAGUGGCAUCCUAAAGCGCACUCAAACACACAACAAGCUGAAAAGGAGCAUAAUCCUCUUAAAACACACAUCUUGGAGGUUCUUUACAAAGUGCCAGCUCCUUGAAUUAAAAGAAUAGAACAAGAAAGAUUCAAAACCUCCUCUUUAGCUCAGCACAGAAAGAUGGUUACUGUAAGGAGCCUUUACUUUAAAAUGUGUUUUUCAUUACUUCAUUGUAAACUGACACAUAUUAAAAUGUUUUUCUUUUCAAAAUGCAGGUGACUGUUGUUGACUAUUACUGCCAUUUGCCAUACGUAUAGGUUCUUCGUGCCUUAUAUAUUUUUUUUUCUUUUGAAUACAUUUCUUUCCCUUAUUAAAACAAAGAUAUGUGCAGAAGUUGAUUCACAGGAUGCAACAGAAACAGAGAGGGAUUUCAUAUUUUCAGCCACAAGUAGUCCUUAUGAAUAUUAAGCAGAAAAACUCUACUAUGAACCUUUGUUUUUUAACUAGAAGAAAAUAAAUUCUGUAAACAUUGGAAAACGAGAUAAAGAUGUAAGCAGAGAAAAAAAACUAUUUGUAAGUCAGUUUAUUUCUGCAUGGAUGCUAUCCCUAAAAGAAAUUAUGUGAAGAAAUGAGUUGUAACUCUCACUUGUCAACAUAGUGAAGGGAAGAGUUUAUAAUUAUGCCUAAUAUUGACCUCAAUACUGCAAAUGUAUCGUCUGCCUUUUUGUCCCAAAUAUAAAGCAUGACUCUUCUCUCAUGUGAAAUAAUCCGUUCAUCUCAUAAUUUUCUUGUUGUGAUAGAAAAACUCACCCGACUCCAAUAUUUUACUCCUCCAGUUCCCCCCUCUGAGGCGUCACAACACAUCAAUGACAUGCUGCAUCUCACUGUGUGUGUUCUUACAGGAACUGUUACCUGUGAUUGGAAAAAGUUUGAAUUAUUGUCACUGUGCAUUUGCAAGCUGAGUUGUGUGUUUUACUUUGUUACUGUGAUCUGCAGUGUUUUUUUCCCCCUGAAAGACCAUAAAAUACAAUAAAAAAAAGAAAAUUCUGAACUAUUUCACUGUAACUAAG